AUGGAAGCGGUUCGCAGGACCUGUCCCGUCUUUCGUGUCCUUAUCAUUGGAAGAGCGAAUGCGGGAAAGACGACGAUCCUGCAGAAGGUGUGCAAUGUCGACAAGGACACCAAGCCUAUAGUUUACGAUGCAGACGGGAACUUGACCGAUGUACUUCGGCCAUCGACUCAGCGUGGACGCCAUGACAUUAGAAACCAGAUCACGUACCCAGGCAGUCGAUUUGUGUUUCAUGAUUCCCGGGGUAUUGAGGCUGGCUCUGUGAACGAGGUCCAGAUUAUACGUGACUUUGUGCGUGAGCGAGCAUCCAAGGAGUCUCUUGCCGAGCGCUUGCACGCCAUCUGGUAG